GACGUAUGGUGAAGUAAUAAGCCUUUUAAAGCCCAUACAAAAAAGAUUUGGUUUCUUCUUCUUCUAAGGGUUUUCGAGCGAAAUUUUCUGAGCAGCGGCGACGAUGGGAGGCACCGCCUUAGAGAAGACAGCGGAAGAGCUACGACACGAGAUCGAUGAGCUUCACCGUCAGCAGCGCGAGAUAACGGAGAGGCUUCGUGACCCUCGUGGACUCCGCCGUGGAGGCUUUUCAGGCGUCGUUCCUCGCAAUCAAGGCCGUAGAGGCUUCACUCGUCAUGCGGAUAGGAAUGACGUAGAAGAUGAGCGUCCUGCGAAACGGAGAUUGUCUUCCGCCGUUGUUAAGGUCGACGGUGAAGAUGUUAGUAAGGAUGAAGAGUUACUAGUUGAUGGCAAUGGAACCGAGGUUGUAGCUGGUGAAAAUGGAACCUCUGAUAAAAGUGACAAGAAGCUACCUGGACAGCGUCGUGGAGAUUGGUCUCGGAGGGAUGCAGAACAACGAGGGACCAAGAAGGGUUUUGAGGCUUUUGCACUGCCGGAACCUGCACCAAGGGUUUUACCUAAGAAUGAGGAUCCUAAAUUGGUUAAUAGGAACAGAAGAAUACUGGGGAAUCUUCAAGGGACUUUGGAGAAGUUCAAAAAAGAAGAUAAGCAGCGUUCUGGAACAGAUGCAUAUGCCCGACGGUCCGCUGCCCUACAAAAGGCUGAGCAAAAGUCCCGCGAAGAAAGUGAACGGCUGAGGCUGCAAGAGCGUGAAAAUAUGACUGAAAAGAGGAGAAGAGAUCUUACUCUUCGAGCCCGUGUUGCUGCUAAAGCAGAACAAAAGAAGUUGGAACUGCUUUUCCUUCAGUGGAGUGAGCACCAAAAAAAACUUAGCAAAUUUAUAAGGACAAAAGCAGAGCCACAGAUAUACUAUGCGCUAGCGAAGCCUUUGGAAGAAGAUACAGCUGAGGUGGAGCAACAGAAAGAGCAGACAUUCUUAGAAUGGAAGGCGGCAAGGAGACAAGAAGUGAGUGAGUAUCAAAGGGAAAUAGAAGAGCAAUGUCUGGCUAAUGUAGAGAAAGAGCUGGAGAGGUGGCAAAACGCAAGGAAUGCGAGGAAAGCAAACAACAACGGGGCAAUGAAUUUGCAGGAAACAAUGGAUAAGGAAUUAGAGACACAUAGGAUGGAGCACGGGCCAAAGAAGAGAAAGAUACCUGGGGGAGGAGUAGGAGAUGAAGAGGAAGAAGAUGAAGUAGAGGAUAUCAAUGGUGGGGAGGAUGAAAUGAUAAUGGAUGAUAUACUUGACGAGGGGGGAGAUGGAAACAUCAAGGAGGAAGGGGCUACUGAUACAGUAAAAGCAGAAGCAGUGGAGGAAGAUAUUAAACCUGAGGUCGUCUAGGUCAUAUAGUUUGUUUGUUCUUGAUGAAUGUGGUGGAGUUUGCGAACUACUAAAUUUGUAGGAAAGAUUUGCUUUUGUACUACUAGUGUUGGCCUCAGCUUUUCAUACAUGUUACUAUGUUAGUUUCUCUUGCA